AUGGCCAACCCAUACAUCCUCGCAUCCGACAACUCGCCGGCGCUUCUGCCUCUGCUGCGCGCAGACCCAGCCGUCGCCUCCGCGCAGGACGAGCACGGCUACUCGCUCCUCCACGCCGCAGCGUCCUACAACCACUUAGACCUGCUGCGCACGCUAGUCGAGGAGUUCAAGGUCGACGUCAACCUUACAGACGAAGACGGCGAGACGUGUCUGUUCGUGGCGGAGUCGGUCGAGGUAGCGCGGUACCUGGUGGAAGAGUGCGGGAUAAACAAGAGCAAGACGAACGACGAGGGGCUCACGGCUGCAGAGUCGAUUACCAACGACGGCUCGUUCCCGCUUGUUGCAGCGUACUUGAAUGAUAUCAUUGCCGGGGACGUGAGGGCGGAGCUACCGUCGAACGUGAAGGUGUCGUUUGGGACGAGGGGAACGGAGGGCGGGGAGGAGGGGGAGGGAGGAGUAGUGGUUGAUACGGCGAUGAGGCAGAGGAUCGAAGAGCUUGCUGCGCGAGGGAACUUUCAUAGCGAGGAGGGACAGCGGGAGCUGCGUGGGCUGGUUGCGGAUGCGCUGCGAGGGUCAGGACCGGCGUCAGAUCCAUCUGCGCGAGACACCAAGCGGCGAGUAGGGUGA